GACACGCAAGCGCCCGCACAGGUAGGUUAAGAUUCACGGUCCGUCGCACUUGAUGCUCCCAUGCACACUCGACGCGGCCCUCUCAUACAACCUACACCGGGCGCACGCGAAAUGCACGAGGAUCGGCUAUCGGUGGUGCUGUGAAGUGAUCAUACCAGUGAUUGUUCAGUGCCAGUGCUUGUGACAUGACGAGGACGGGCGUCUGAUCCGGCGCACGCAGAGGAUCUUAACGAUCGGGCCUGUGACCACAUGCCGCCGUCAUCAUGGUGAUCGUCACUAGGGGCGAUUACAUAUGGAUCGAGCCGGUGUCGGGGCGGGAGUUCGACGUGGCGAUCGGCGCCCGAGUGCUGGCGGCGGAGGGCCGGCGCAUCCGAGUGCGCGACGACGACGCCCAGGAGCAAUGGCUGCCGCCCGAGCGCCGCAUCAAGGCCAUGCACGCAACCUCCGUCCACGGCGUCGAGGACAUGAUCUCGCUCGGGGACCUGCACGAAGCCGGCAUCCUGAGGAACCUCCUCAUCAGAUAUAACGAGAAUCUCAUCUAUACCUACACGGGCUCAAUAUUAGUGGCAGUGAACCCAUACCAAAUCCUGCCAAUCUACACAGCGGACCAGAUCAAGCUGUACAAAGAGCGGAAGAUUGGCGAGUUGCCCCCGCAUAUAUUCGCGAUCGGCGACAAUGCGUACGCGCAUAUGCGCCGCUACAGCCAGGACCAGUGCAUAGUCAUCAGCGGGGAGUCUGGCGCUGGGAAGACAGAGUCAACCAAACUGAUCCUGCAGUAUCUUGCUGCCAUUAGCGGGAAGCACUCCUGGAUAGAACAACAGAUCUUAGAAGCAAACCCAAUUUUAGAAGCUUUUGGAAAUGCAAAAACUGUAAGGAACGACAACUCGUCCCGAUUCGGAAAGUACAUCGACAUCCACUUCAACAGUGGCGGAGUCAUCGAAGGGGCUAAAAUAGAACAAUACCUUCUAGAAAAGUCCAGGAUAGUGUUCCAGGGCAGCGACGAGAGGAACUACCACGUGUUUUACUGCGUGCUUGCUGGACUUUCCAAGGAGGAGAAAAAGAAACUGGAGCUUGGGGAGCCAUCAGAAUACAAAUACUUGUCUGGGGGUGGAAGUUUCACGUGUGAAGGUAGAGACGAUGCUGCAGAGUUCCAAGACAUUCGAUCAGCCAUGAAAGUGCUGCUCUUCACUGAAGCAGAAAUAUGGGAAAUAUUGAAAUUGCUGGCAGCUGUACUACAUUGUGGAAACAUCAAGUAUGAAGCAACAGUUGUUGACAACUUAGACGCUACUGAAAUUGUAGAGCAAGCAAACGUUAGACGCGUUGCUAGCCUUCUAGGAGUUCCCACUCAAUCACUGAUCGGUGCUCUGACGAGAAAAACAUUGUUUGCUCAUGGAGAGACCGUUGUAUCUACUUUGAGUAGAGAGCAAUCAGUCGAUAUCCGAGACGCCUUUGUGAAAGGAAUCUAUGGACGGCUCUUUGUGACCAUAGUCAGGAAAAUAAAUGCUGCUAUUUACAAACCUAAGUCAACGAUGCGAACAGCAAUCGGAGUUUUAGACAUAUUCGGAUUUGAAAACUUCGAUCACAACAGUUUUGAACAGUUCUGUAUAAACUUUGCAAAUGAGAACUUGCAACAAUUUUUUGUUAGACAUAUUUUCAAAUUAGAACAGGAGGAAUAUAAUCAUGAAGGGAUCAAUUGGCAACAUAUAGAAUUCGUUGACAACCAAGAUGCCUUAGAUUUAAUUGCAUUAAAACAACUCAACAUUAUGGCUUUAAUAGACGAGGAAUCAAAGUUCCCCAAAGGGACUGAUCAAACUAUGUUGGCAAAAUUACACAAAACACACGGUCUUCACAGAAACUACCUCAAACCAAAAUCUGAUAUAAACACAAGUUUCGGAUUGAACCAUUUUGCUGGUAUUGUAUUCUAUGAUACUCGAGGAUUCCUUGAGAAAAACCGUGACACGUUUAGUGCAGAUUUACUACAACUGAUACACAUAUCGACAAACAAGUUCCUACAGCAAAUUUUCCAAGGAGACAUCACAAUGGGCUCGGAAACUCGAAAGCGAACACCGACUCUUUCUACACAAUUCAAGAAGUCAUUAGACCUGCUUAUGAGGACGUUAGGAACAUGUCAGCCGUUCUUCAUACGUUGCAUUAAACCAAAUGAAUUCAAGAAACCCAUGAUGUUUGAUCGAGGCCUUUGCUGCAGGCAGCUCAGGUACUCAGGAAUGAUGGAGACAAUAAGAAUUAGAAGGGCAGGAUAUCCAAUUCGGCAUAGCUUUAAAGAGUUCGUUGAAAGAUACAGAUUUUUGAUUUCUGGUGUUCCUCCUGCACAUAAAACUGACUGUAGAGCCGCUACUGCCAAAAUCUGCGCCACCGUUUUGGGUAAAUCAGAUUAUCAGUUGGGACACACAAAAGUGUUUUUGAAAGACGCACACGAUUUGUUCCUCGAACAAGAGAGAGACCGCGUACUAACUAGGAAAAUAUUGAUCCUGCAAAGGUCAAUCAGAGGUUGGGUCUACCGCAGAAGAUUCUUGAAGAUGAGGGCGGCUGCAAUUUUAAUUCAGCGUCACUGGCGAGGAAAAUUGCAGCGAAUCCGGUACAAUAAAAUGAAAGUAGGAUACGCACGGUUGCAGGCUUUGAUUCGAGCCCGAGUUUUGGCUCAUCGCUUCAGGCAUUUGCGCGGGCACAUCGUUUCCUUGCAGGCGGCAGCUCGCGGUUACCUCGUCCGCCGUUCGUACGGGCACAAGAUGUGGGCGAUCGUAAAGAUUCAAAGCCACGUGCGGCGGCUGAUCGCUAUGCGUCGCUACCGGCGCAUGAAGCAGGACGCGCUGGCGCACACCGAGGCGCUGCGCCUGCGCCGCCAAGAGGAGCAGCGCCUGCAGCACCAGGGCAACACGCGCGCCAAGGAGAUCGCAGAGCAGAACUAUAGGGAGCGUAUGUAUGAACUAGAGCGGCGCGAAGCCGAGUUGGCCCUUGAAGAGAAGCGGCAGUUAGAAGCCAAGAGGACUCUGCUGCAGGAAGCGGCUCGGAAGCAGGACGAGCCGGUGGAUGACAGCAAGCUGGUGGAAGCCAUGUUUGACUUCCUACCGGACUCCAGUAGCGAGGCACCGGCGCCGAAGGACACGUCGGUGUUUAGCGAUUUACCGCAGCCGCGAGCCGAUCAACAAGAGAUGGUGACACCGAUGCAGACAACGUCGGAAGACGAGGAAGAUCUCUCCGAAUUCAAGUUCCAAAAGUUUGCUGCUACUUAUUUCCAAGGGAAUGUCACUCAUCAAUAUUCCAGAAAACCACUCAAACACCCGCUGUUGCCUUUGCACACACAAGGCGAUCAGUUGGCGGCACAAGCUUUAUGGGUAACCAUUCUGCGGUUCACUGGAGAUCUUCCUGAGCCACGUUACCACACCAUGGACAGAGAUAACACGUCAGUUAUGUCCAAAGUUACCGCCACGCUUGGUAGGAACUUCAUCAGAUCCAAAGAGUUCCAAGAAGCGCAAUUGAUGGGGGUGGACCCUGACGCUUAUCUGAAUAAACAAAAGCCAAGAUCCAUCAGACACAAGCUCGUGUCGCUGACACUUAAGCGCAAGAACAAGCUUGGAGAAGACGUCAGAAGAAAAUUACAGGACGAAGAGUACACAGCAGAUAGCUAUCAGUCCUGGCUGGAGUCACGUCCAACUUCUAAUUUGGAAAAACUCCAUUUCAUCAUUGGCCACGGUAUCCUCCGAGCUGAAUUAAGAGAUGAAAUUUACUGUCAGAUUUGCAAGCAACUGACCAACAAUCCGUCGAAAUCAUCACAUGCCAGAGGAUGGAUAUUGCUGUCAUUGUGUGUUGGUUGUUUUGCUCCUAGCGAAAAGUUUGUGAAUUAUCUAAGAGCUUUCAUCAGGGAAGGACCUCCUGGUUAUGCUCCGUAUUGUGAAGAUCGCCUGAAGAGAACUUUCAAUAAUGGAACUAGAAAUCAACCACCAUCUUGGUUAGAGCUUCAAGCAACAAAAUCAAAGAAGCCUAUAAUGUUACCCAUAACAUUUAUGGAUGGUAAUACAAAGACAUUACUUGCUGACUCAGCAACAACAGCAAGAGAAUUAUGCAAUCAGUUAUCUGACAAAAUUGGCCUACGUGAUCAGUUCGGCUUUUCACUAUACAUUGCUUUGUUUGACAAAGUUAGUUCACUUGGAAGUGGAGGUGAUCACGUAAUGGAUGCAAUAUCACAGUGUGAACAAUAUGCAAAAGAACAGGGAGCACAAGAAAGAAACGCUCCGUGGAGAUUAUUCUUUAGAAAAGAAAUAUUUGCUCCAUGGCAUGAUCCUACUGAGGAUCAAGUUGCUACUAAUUUGAUUUACCAACAAGUAGUUAGAGGCGUUAAAUUUGGUGAAUAUCGCUGUGACAAAGAAGAAGAUUUAGCUAUGAUCGCAGCUCAACAAUAUUAUAUUGAAUAUGGGCAAGACAUGAACACAGAACGCCUAUACACUUUGCUGCCAAACUACAUACCAGACUAUUGUUUGACUGGAGUAGAAAAAGCAGUUGACCGUUGGGGAGCUUUAGUUGUGCAAGCUUAUAAAAAGAGCUACUAUGUAAAAGAAAAGGUGCCCGCAUAUAGGGUCAAAGAGGACGUCGUCAGCUAUGCUAAAUUCAAAUGGCCCUUAUUAUUCUCAAGAUUUUAUGAAGCCUACAGAAAUUCGGGUCCUAAUUUGCCGAAAAAUGAUGUAAUCAUUGCAGUAAAUUGGACGGGGGUUUAUGUUGUAGAUGACCAAGAACAAGUGUUGUUAGAAUUAUCAUUCCCAGAAAUUACAACAGUUUCCAGUCAGAAAACAAACAAAGUAUUUACUCAAACGUUUAGUCUGGCAACGGUUCGUGGAGAGGAAUUCACUUUCCAAAGUCCUAAUGCUGAAGAUAUAAGAGACCUCGUAGUUUACUUUUUGGAAGGAUUGAAGAAGAGGUCCAAAUUCGUGAUAGCUUUACAAGACUACAAGGCUCCUGGUGAAGGUUCCAGCUUCCUGACAUUCCAAAAAGGUGAUCUGAUAAUUUUAGAAGAAGACAGCACAGGUGAAUCAGUGCUUAAUAAUGGUUGGUGUAUUGGCCGAUGUGAGCGAUCUAUGGAAAGAGGAGACUUCCCUGCAGAAACAGUUUAUGUUUUACCAGCUUUGACAAAACCUCCUCCAGAUAUUCUAUCAUUAUUUUGUCAAGAGGGUGCACAGCAUGGUCGUCGCAUACCAACAAGUAGUACACUUAAUGGUACUGAGACUAGAGACAAACCUCAUACAUUAUUGGAAUAUGCCAUGGACCACUUUAGAUUACCACCAAAGCGCACUGUUUCCAAAACUCUCACAUUGUCUACAGCCAAGCGAGGAGGAGCUGAAGAAUUAUGGAGACAUUCUAGGGAACCAAUUAAAUUGCCUCUAUUGAAGAAGUUGCAAGCUAAAGAAGAACUGGCUGAAGAGGCAUGUUUUGCGUUCACUGCUAUAUUGAAAUACAUGGGAGACCUCCCAUCUAAACGACCGCGUAUAGGCAAUGAAUAUACUGACCACAUCUUCGACGGACCACUGAAACAUGAAAUAUUGAGAGACGAAAUAUACUGUCAAGUGAUGAAGCAGCUCACUGACAAUAGAAACAGAAUGUCGGAAGAGAGGGGUUGGGAGCUGAUGUGGUUAGCGACAGGAUUAUUUGCGUGUAGCCAAGGUUUACUUAGAGAAUUAACAUUGUUCUUGCGAACUAGAAGGUAUCCAAUUGCUCAAGACUCACUCCAAAGACUCCAGAAAACUUUAAGGAACGGCCAAAGAAAAUACCCUCCGCAUCAGGUUGAAGUAGAAGCUAUUCAGCAUAAGACGACUCAAAUCUUCCACAAGGUGUAUUUCCCUGAUGACACGGACGAGGCUUUUGAAGUGGACUCGUCGACAAGAGCGAAGGACUUCUGCCAAAACAUCGCGCAGAGACUGAAUCUCAGAUCUAGUGAAGGCUUUAGUUUGUUUGUUAAGAUAGCUGAUAAGGUGAUCUCGGUGCCCGAAGGCGACUUCUUCUUCGACUUCGUUCGGCACCUCACGGAUUGGAUCAAAAAGGCGCGACCGACGCGUGAUGGCAUCACACCACAAUUCACUUACCAGGUGUUCUUCAUGAAGAAGCUCUGGACGAAUACCGUCCCGGGCAAGGACCGCGCGGCUGACGUCAUCUUCCACUUCCACCAAGAAUUGCCCAAGCUUCUUCGCGGGUACCAUCGCUGCGGGCGCGAGGAAGCGGCGCGGUUGGCCGCCCUCGCCUACCGAGCGCGGUUUGGGGACAAUAAGCAGGAGCUGCAAGCAAUACCCCAAAUGCUCCGCGAGCUCAUCCCAGCGGACCUCAUCAAGCUGCAAAGUUCCGCAGACUGGAAGCGAGCAAUAGUAGCUUCCUACAACCAGGACGCCGGCAUGACGCCCGAAGACGCCAAGAUCACGUUCCUCAAGGUCAUCUACCGGUGGCCCACCUUCGGCUCUGCGUUCUUCGAAGUCAAGCAGACUACGGAACCAAACUACCCUGAGCUUCUGCUGAUAGCCAUCAAUAAGCAUGGCGUCAGCUUGAUACACCCACAAAGCAAGGACAUCCUGGUCACGCACCCGUUCACCAGGAUAUCCAACUGGUCAUCAGGCAACACGUACUUCCACAUGACGAUCGGCAACCUGGUGCGAGGCUCCAAGCUUCUGUGCGAGACGUCCCUCGGAUACAAGAUGGAUGACCUCCUGACAUCCUACAUCUCGCUUAUGCUGACCAACAUGAACAAGCAAAGGUCGGUGCGCGUCAAGUAGAAACAGCUCUAGCUCACGAGUCGAAAUGAAUUAAAUUGGAACACAUUGAAUGGUCGUGCGAGUGAGACGAAGGAAUAAAAUCUCAUGCGGGCUCGUGAGUUAAUGACCGAUGUAAGUUUUAUAAGUUUUUGAGAAAUGCUGAUUAGCAAUCAGGAAGAUUAUGGCAUGAAUUUAUUUGAAACUGUAAGGUUUUGGCGAGAACUGCCACAGAAAACGUAUCCAUAAUAUGGUAAAUAGGCACUGGGAUAAACUGGCGCUUCUGGAUUCAAACAUUUUGAAGACACAUGGAAAAGAUUUACUCGUAAACAAACCAUAGGCCUGUUUUCACCGUAGUUAUUUGUCAUGUAACUCUAAAGUCUAGUGUUGAAUCCUUAAUUUUCAGUAUACUAUUAUGAUAUUAAAACACACUUUCAGCGAUUUUCUAACUAUUCUGCUGGCAGUGUAAUUUAUCUGAAAAAAAAAAGUACCUACCCAGUGCAUUCCCGGACUUACAACAAGCAAUCUUGCGUUUAGACUGUACACCGCAAGUUCAUUGUAUAAUGUUGAUUGUGUAAAAAUAGAAGUAAAUGCACAACGCAUGUCCUAUACAUUUUCAACCACGCCUUUUAAGUAUUAAGGUCCUCCAGCAUCGAUAAAUGUAAUUUAUUUUAUCCGUCCAUUAUUGUAGAAACUAACUUACAUGGUUGUUAUACAUACCUAAUAUUAGUGCAUCAACAGUUAGCCUAAAUACAUAUAACAUAGUAUAUAAGUACAAUAUAAAUAAUGCAAACGCGUUAAAUUCUGCAUGUAAACGAAUUAAUUAAAAUUUAGUUCUGAGGUUCAUAAACAUCCUGCAUUACAGAUCUACAAAAGUAAUUAGUGUUAUGUAUAUCUUUGAUGAAAUAUUAUUUUAAGUAGAAAUAUAUUUAAAUGGCACACGAAGUAUUUUGCGUUCAAAUAGAUUUCGUCUAUGUCACCGCAGAGUACUUCAUAUGCCGAUAUAACUAACUAGAUAUGAAUGGAGAUCUGUUAUUAAUAUUCUAGGUGAUCGGUUAAGUUUAUAUUUAAAUCGAAAUAAACUGUUAUUAUUGCUACUUGUUCCCUUAUUAGUGCCUUAUCGCUUCAGAUUAUCAGAUAUCAUCCGCAGACAGAAUAAAUAAUAACACACAUUAUAGAAAUUAACUCGCAUACUUAUUCAGAAUCAGCAUUUUAAAAUAAUGUGAAAUUCAAAGUCAGUCGUUAUUUGAAGUAAAUUAUAAAAAUGAAAUGAAAUUGAAAAAGUACCAACAAAUAAUUUAGACGUGUAAAAAGAUUGAGGUCUUGCAAACAUAGCUUUUAGAUAUAUUUUUAUGAAAAUUUACUCAGGUAAGCUCAAUCUUUAUAACUUUUUUAACGUCUGACUUAUGCACAUCACUGUAUUGUUGGCUCUAUGUAGGUCUUUACAUGAAGAGGACAUAUUUUUAUACUCAUUAUUACCAUAAUGGUAUGUAAUAUCUAUUAUUGUUAACGUAGAUAUACUGCGAAUUGUAUUUAUUUAAUAGGUAAUGGACUAACUAACUAGGUAACUGUAAAAUUGUCUAUGUUAUGCCAUGAGUGGAGACAUUAUCUUUGUUUUUUCGCUUAGAGUCAAAAGUUGCAUUUGUGAGUGGUUGUAAACAUGAGUCACAAUGA